AUGGAACAAGAGCCAGGUCAAGGGAACAGAAUGGAACCGAAUCCGGAGGAGUGGGCGGUCAAUCUGGUGGAUCCAAGGUAUAUAAAGGGUCUUGCAGUUGCCCCAGCGAACCGGAUACCUGAUCCACCAGGAUUCAAAGUCAAAGGUGAGAGGGAGUCGACGUGGAAGCCCAAAGGCCAGAGCGAUAGCGGGGGAAAGAGGAAGGAUAUUGAAGCCUUGCAGCUUCAAAAGGCCUGGCAGAUUGCGCUACAGCCUGCGAAGGCCAUCCCGAUGAAUUUGUUCAUGUCGUACAUGUCCGGAACGUCGCUGCAGAUAAUCCCCAUCAUGACAGCGUUAAUGCUGCUCUCUGGACCCAUAAAGGCCAUAUUUGGCGUGAGAAAGGCAUUCAAGCCAGUGCUGGGCAACUCAGCAACAGAAAGCCAGAUCACGGCUGCGAUGGCAAUGUACAUUAUAUUCCAGAUGGUGCUGAUGUUCAUCGGCUUGCGCAAACUGAACUCUAUGGGACUAAUCCCAAACACUAGAAGUGACUGGCUAUCGUGGGAGAAACGCGCGGAUUACAAUAAGGGCAUCAGAUCGUUUAUAGUUUGA